UUUUCCGUGUACGUUCUUGCCGCUGCUGGUCGACGGAUUAAAUCUGCUUGCGAAUCAGGUGUGUUUCGUGUCUCAGGUUUCGCGGUGCUCCAAAGCAGUGCUCUUUGAGCCCAGAUUGCGUUUGCUUGAAGUGAAGCUAAAACUACUCGAAGCAAUGAGGACAAAAUACCUGCUAGCACCCUUACUUUUACUUGUCUUAUUUAUUAGCCAAAUUGAAGCCGACAUUCCUAAGUUGUUGCCGAAUUCACUAUCGACUAAAAAAGAGCGUCAGAAAUCCGAAAAACUACCGCCCUGUAAAGCAUGUACCGUUCUGGUAAAUUCGUUCCACGAUGGCAUGAAACGAACCGAACGGUCGAAACACGAAGGCGGUGAUGCUGCUUGGGAAGAAGAACGACUUGGCAGUUAUAAAACCAGUGAACUAAGGCUUGUGGAAAUUCAAGAAAGUCUUUGCCGAGAUGUCACCCGAGGAGAAGACCAAUGCCAUCAGCUGGCUGAAGAGCACGAAUCGCUGAUUGAGGAAUGGUGGAAGCACCAUCAGACCAAUCAACCUGAUUUACACGAAUGGCUGUGUAUCGAGCAAGCUUUGGUUUGCUGCGCAGAUGGGUUUUACGGCCCGGAUUGUGCCCCGUGUCCGAGCUGCUUUGGGAACGGUAAAUGCAAGGGCAACGGAACUCGGAAAGGAAACGGUCGGUGUGCUUGCGACGAAGGAUAUGCCGGGGAUAAUUGCGAUACCUGCAAUCUGGAGUACUACGAGGCAUUUCGCGACACGGACAAGCUGCUCUGCACGAAGUGCCAUAAGGCUUGCGCCGCCGGAGGUUGCACCGGAGCGGGACCAAAUGCUUGUCGCGUUUGCCGGAGUGGCUGGAUCAUGGACAACCAGCGAGGUGGAUGCACGGAUAUUGAUGAGUGUGUCACAGCCAACACCUGCACUAAGCAUCAGUUUUGCGUGAACAACGAAGGGUCUUUUAGUUGCUUAGAAUGUGACAAAUCCUGUGACGGAUGUGACGGUGAUGGACCAGAUAUGUGCAGAAAAUGCGCGGAUGGAUAUGAACUCAGAGACGGGAUGUGUACGGGUAACAUCGAUAGUAAGCAAUACCAAGUAACAGAAACUGUUGAUGACAAGGAUGAAUUAUAAAAGGAUAAAGGCGUUGUUAGUGUUCAAAAGGUUGAUUGAACAACAUUUAAAAGGCAACAUUUGAAAAGAAGCAAUCGAAUUGAAGAACAAUAAUAUAGCUGAAUAGGCCAACGAAAUCAAAUGAGAGAAUCGAAUUCGUCCAAACUUGAUUAAGCGAUGAAAGUAGUCGAGAAAUGUGAAGCGCGAAGACACGGUAGACGCAGAAGGUAAAUUUUAUUUUAGUUUUUUAACUUUGCAAAACUGAUCUAUAUAAUGCGAUAAAUAUUUUACGGAUUUACUUGCUACAUAAUUCGGAACGGUGAAAAAAACUGCAACUUUUAAUGUUUCAAACGGAGCUAUUGUAUUUCUUUUGAACUUGUUUUUAAUCUUCGCAAAGUUUAAACACGAAUCGAGUAUGUAAAACAGAAGAUGCCAGCAUUUGCUUCUGAAAAUUGCGAUGUGUUUAUAAAAAAGACAGAAUGUUGAACUUAAUUGCUUAACUAUUACGACGCACACUUAAAUAAAAGCAAACUAUAACAGUACAGAGUAACAUAAACUAGUGUGAGUAAGUAGUGGUUUCAAGAAAGCGUUGCACUUAACCACUCAAUAAAUAAAUAAAUUAUGUUUUGUAAUCACAAUUGGGAUAAUUAAUACGCCUUUCAAAGGAUUGGCCCUACAUAUUUCAAAAAUCUACACGCACUUCGGUGCACUUCAGUCACUCGUGUUGUGUUGAGGUUGAUAAAAUAACUUAUAUACCUGAUAAGUGUGAUAAAAAAGACAAACUCACGUACUUAUUGAGGCUGCUAAUGAUUCUUCUUCUUCUCGCUAUCCCAUCAUUAAUUAUAGAGAUUAAGCCUCAUUUGAUUUUCAACACUUAAUAUAGUACUGCUCAUAAAAUUUUUAAAAACAAAACGAAAACCAGCCGCUAUCCUGUUUAAAUACAACUACGAACAUACUCGUAUGUAAAGGACCCGCACGCUAAAACGGAACUUGAUUAUAUAGAUUGUAUAAGCAAACGUAUUGAACAUUUUUUUGCUGCCUCGCUAUAGAAUAGAUUGGAAAGUUGAUUAGUUUUUAGAAAACGUUAACACCUACUUAGUACAUUUUAAGUUUUGGUU